AAGGCGCAGUCCCAAACGCACGGGACAUCCACGCUGCAUCACCCAAGCGUUGCCGUGCGCUGUCUGGCUGCCUAUUAUAGCGCUUAUCCGCCCUCUGCGUCUGAUCCCGCACAAUGAAACGUAACUUAUUGUGUGGAGUUGAAACUCAUGUGUUCGUCAUGUCGUCGAAUCCGUAGGUUUUCACCAUACAAAAGAAACGGGGAGCGGCAGACUGCCGAUAGCGGAUGAUGGAUUUGCCAUCAUGGUAGAAUCGGAGGGUUAGGUUUAACAAAGCGGACCUGCGCGUCCACUGUAGGGGGACAGCGGCGACACCGGCGCGGACAGCCCGCGCCUACGACUCCUGUUUCGCGAGCAUCGCCGUGCACGGCGCUCCUUUCCCCGGCUAUGGCGCUGGUCACCCUGCAGCGAUCGCCGACUCCGAGCGGCACCGCCAACGCGGGGGAGGUUUUGGGGAGUGAUGAUGAGCGGAGGCUGAGCAGGAGACAGUCGAUGAGCAACAUGCCCUGCACUUCGAAGGGAGUCGCACCUCGCUCUUCUGGGAGAAUUCACCAGGCCACGAGACCCUCUUUCCCUCAUUUGUACUGAAGGUUUCAUAGGAAGUGUAAUAUAUGGUCACUUCCAGGGAAAUCUUUAGUUUCCUGUAAAGUCGUGAUACUUCAGGUUCAUGGAAACCAGGAAAACAUCCCAUCUGUUUCGGCAGAAGCGAUGAAACCCCACAGAUCUGUUUUAGCUUUUGAACUGCAUGCCCUUACGCGAAAGCGUCCAUUUCUCCUGCAUGUUUGUUCAUUUGUUUGGCUUUGGAACCGGCUGAAUUUCAUGAGGAAUUAGUGUCAUUCAAAUAAAUAUUUGGGGUGGUAAGGUCUGCAGGCGAUGACGAAAGCACAUCGCUUUCACGCACGGUUCCCUCUCAGCGCAUGUUUCCAUAAUCCCUGUAAGAACAAGAUUGCAGCUGUGAAAAGUGAGACUCCCCCUUGAGAGGGCCCCGUUGCAGUAUAAUAAGGCCACCGGUGCAAGAAACCCCCCUCGGGCACCCCCGUGCCUGAGUUUCAGCGACGCCCAGGUGAGGGCUGAUUGGCUGCUCACACGCGUUGAGGCGUGCCGGCACGCUCUCCCUGGAGUGCCGCGGGCUGUUCCUCGCUCACUCUGAGCAGCGUUAGAGAGCAGGACGGUUGGCCGGUGGCAGCAUAGCGGGCGAGAUGCAGGAGUGGCGUCUCUCCUCGGGACGGGACGUCUCGCUUUCCGCCGUCCCUGGAUGCCGCUGCGGCAGCUGUGGCACCCGGCUACGCUGAGGAGCAUGUGACAGGAGGGAGCGGCAGAGACCUCGCAGGGGAGCUGCCGGCUGGCUGCGUGACAGGAAGCUGCAGAGGCUCACCAUUUGUGGGGGGGGGGGUGUCUGUCAAUUGAGGAACAGUGUUGCCAUUGGCUCAAAGGGGCUGCGGUGGGUAACCACAAGAGGAAGAUCAGCUGGGGAGGGGGGUGGGGAAGACGGACAGGACGCACCAUGGAGGGGGGCACGGGUAAAAUCAUUGCCCCAGGAAGGUGACUGGCUAGAGGGUCAAUCAGUCCCUGGGUGCCCCUGAGGUGCCACUGGAAAUACUGGGUUUUCCUUAUUACACCUCCGACGUGGAGGCCCCCACGGCAGGCGGCGCACCCCCCAGGUAAAGCACAACUUUUAUUAGUGGAGUAGUGAAAGAGGACCACGGGGGGGUGGGGGGACAGCUGCAGGCUGGCCUCAGGGACCGGCGACAGGGACGAGCCGCGGGGAGGCGGGUCGGAGGAGGAGGAAGAGCGGCCCAGCAUGCAUCUGGAGCUGGAUGCCCCCCCGGGGGCUGCUAUGAGGGGGCUGCCCCACUUUGUGGAGAACGCUAUGCUGACUCAGAGCCAGAUAUGUCAAAUCCUGAGCGAGAGCUUCUUCAUGGUGAGGGAUGCGGCUCUGCUGCUGCAGCAAGGCCAGAAGGCCCUCCCACCUGGGCAGAAGGCCCUCCCACCUGGGCAGAAGGCCCUCCCCCAGCACAGGCAUGCAGGGGACUUACCACAGCACCUGCAGGUGAUGAUUAACAUCCUGCGUUCAGAGGACAAGAUCAAGCUGGCUGUACGUCUAGAGAGUGUGCAGACCGACCGUGUCAGGUACAUGGUUGUGGUCUACUCCAGCGGCCGGCAGGACGCCGAAGAGAGUGCUCUCCUGGGCAUGGAUUUCACAAACAAAGACAGCAAAAGCUGCUCCAUUGGGUUGGUCCUGCCACUGUGGAGCGACACAAAGAUCCACCUGGAUGGGGACGGUGGCUUCAGCGUGAGCACAGCGGGCAGAACGCACAUCUUCAAGCCAGUGUCGGUGCAGGCCAUGUGGUCGGCCCUGCAGGUCCUCCACAAGGUGUGCGAGGUGUCACGCCGUCAUAACUACUUCCCCGGGGGCACGGCGCUGGCCUGGACAGGCUGCUACGAGAGCUGCCUGGCCUCCGAGCAGAGCUGCAUUAACGAGUGGAACUCCAUGAAGGACCUGGAGACCACGCGUCCCGACUCUCCGGCCCUCUAUGCCGACAGGCCCACUGAGCGGGAGCGAACGGAAUGUCUCGUCAGAGCCAAGCUCCGGAGCAUCAUGAUGUCCCAGGAUCUGGAAAAUGUUACCUCCAAAGAAAUCCGUACCGACCUGGAGCAGCAGAUGAACUGCAACCUGAAGGAGUACAAGGAGUUUAUCGAUAACGAGAUGCUGGUCAUACUGGGCCAGAUGGACAAGGCCACGCCCAUCUUCGACCACCUCUACCUGGGCUCAGAGUGGAACGCCUCGAACCUGGAGGAGCUCCAGAACUCGGGAGUUGGCUACAUCCUCAACGUCACACGGGAGAUCGAUAACUUCUUUCCCGGGACCUUCGCCUACUACAACAUCCGGGUUUAUGACGAGGAGGCAGCCGACCUGCUGGCCCACUGGAACGACACGUACAACUUCAUCGUGAGAGCCAAAAAGAACCACUCCAAGUGCCUGGUCCACUGCAAGAUGGGCGUGAGCCGGUCCGCCUCCACGGUGAUCGCCUACGCAAUGAAGGAGUACGGCUGGUCCUUGGACAAGGCCUACAGCUUCGUCAAGCAGAAGAGGAGCAUCGCCUGCCCCAACGCCGGCUUCAUGAGGCAGCUGGCCGUGUACGAGGGCAUCCUGGAUGCCAGCAAACAGCGGCACAAUAAGCUGUGGGGUUCCGGCCCAUACAGUGAUGUUCCGGACGGGCCGCAAGGCUCAGCCCAGAGCCAGGGUGCCGACGAGCCAGACGACGUGACUGCAGCACCUCCCCCCCGUGACUCCUCGUGGGGGGGUGCUUCCUGCAGGGCUGUUGGGACGGAGGUGGACCCUGCCGACCCCCCUAACUUCAACUACUGCUUCCGCCGCCUGUCCGACUCCGCUCUGGAUAGCGAGCCGUCCACCCCGGUCCGAACCCCGGGGGGCCCUACGGUCUAUAUCGAGGUGGAGGAUGUGGAGAGGGAUGCCCUGCUGGAUGAUGCAGGCUUUGGCAGCCGCGGGGGACCCCUGUCUCACCUGCACAGGGAGCCCCUAGAGGAGCUACGCGCCCGACUGGAAUUCAGCACCGUGGAAGAGGAGGACGAGGAGGACGUGGUGCGGGAGGAGACGGAGGCGGCCCAGCUAGAGGGGAGGGCCCCUGACCUGGGAAACAGCAGGCUAGCGUCAAGCUCCGCCUCCCUGGCAGCCCGAAACCGCUUCAACAACGAAAACGCCAACAACAGCAACCGGCUGAGUGCCAAGCGGAGCUGUCCAUCCGGCUUUGAUGACAGUGCUAGCAUCGGGAAGCCUUACAAAGUGAAGCCCUCCUACCAGCCCACUCCGGAUGGCCCCCGCAUGCUGCCCGGCCGCGGGUACAAGGCGGCCGCCACUGACCGGAGCCGUCGCCUUAACCCCGCCCGCUUCGGCGGCAUCGCCAAGAACGCCCUGGUUUCGGCCCACAUUCCAUGUCAUACUGUACAAGCCCCGCCCCCAGCCUUACACUUCAAGGCCUACCGGCAGCAGCCGGGAUUGUCAGCGAGCUGUGAAGGGGAUCCGCUCUGCCCCCUAGAGGCUGACGCCAUGGAGGAGCUGCAGGAGGACGAGCAGAUCGACAGAAAGGAGGGAGACGCCGGAUGCCGGCCGGCCUCCGCCACGAGCGAAUUGACCCUGCUGGAGCUCAGUCUCGGGGCAGACCGGCCUCCAGCGCCAGGGGACUCUGGACAGCACCAGGUGCAGCUUGAGCAGCCUGGUCUAGUCCAGAAACAGGGCAAAAGCAUGAAUAUGGAGGGUGUAGGACCUGUUGAGGACAUGGAGAUGGACACCAGUGGGCUCAGGGAGCCUAAUCCCAGUGGGACAGAAGCUCACCUACAGAAACUUGGGUUGACGAUGCCCUCUGCACUGGCCAAGCAGGGCAGCCUUACCAUCUCAAGGGAUCUCCCCUCCAUAGACCCUCAGCCUAGGGAAUAGGGGCUGCUGCUUGGCACUUUGCAGUUCUAUCUCAAGCCUGCAGGGGGCACACUGGCGAGCUUCUAAAAAAGAGCCAAAGGAAGCAAUGCAAUUUAGUCUGGUUGGUAAAGGAUCCAGUAGCCGGCUCCCCACUCUUUUUCCUGCAGUCCUCUUACCUGCAUGGGGGCGGGAUCUAUAGUACUGCAGUUCUCCUCCGACCUGCAUGGGGGCAGGGUCUGUAGUACUGCAGUUCUCCUCCGACAUGCAUGGGGGCGGGGUCUGUAGUGCUGCAGUUCUCCAACAUGCAAUGGGGGCGGGGUCUGUAGUGCUGCAGUUCUCCAACAUGCAAUGGGGGCGGGGUCUGUAGUGCUGCAGUUCUCCUCCGACAUGCAAUGGGGGGUGGGGUCUGUAGUACUGCAGUUCUCCUCCGACAUGCAUGGGGGCGGGGUCUGUAGUGCUGCAGUUCUCCGACAUGCAAUGAGGGCGGGGUCUGUAGUACUGCAGUUCUCCUCCGACAUGCGAUGGGGGCGGGGUCUGUAGUAAUGCAGUUCUCCUCCGACAUGCAUGGCGGUGGGGUCUGUAGUGCUGCAGUUCUCCUCCGACAUGCAAUGGGGGGUGGGGUCUGUAGUACUGCAGUUCUCCUCCGACAUGCAUGGGGGCAGGGUCUGUAGUGCUGCAGUUCUCCUCCGACAUGCAAUGGGGGCGGGGUCUGUAGUACUGCAGUUCUCCUCCGACAUGCGAUGGGGGCGGGGUCUGUAGUAAUGCAGUUCUCCUCCGACAUGCAUGGCGGUGGGGUCUGUAGUACUGCAGUUCUCCUCCGACAUGCAUGGGGGCAGGGUCUGUAGUACUGCAGUUCUCCUCCGACAUGCAUGGGGGCAGGGUCUGUAGUACUGCAGUUCUCCUCCGACAUGCAUGGGGGCGGGGUCUGUGGUACUGCAGUUCUCCUCCAACCUGCAUGGGGGUGGGGUCUGUGGUACUGCAGUUCUCCUCCAACCUGCAUGGGGGCGGGGUCUGUAGUGCUGCAGUUCUCCUCCAACAUGCAGUGGGGUCAGGGUCUGUAGUACUGCUGUUCUCCUCCGACAUGCAUGGGGGUAGGGUCUGUAGUGCUGCAGUUCUCCUCCAACCUGCAUGGGGGCAGGGUCUGUAGUACUGCAGUUCUCCUUCGAC